GGACGGGAGGCGGGGAUGGGGCAGGGUGGGGGUGGGAGAGAAGCUGUUGAUUAAGGACCUAACCCCUACCUCAGUGUCCUUGGGGUGGAGGGGGGGUCUGAUAUCCUGAUAUUCUCAGCAGAGUGCCACCCACGCCUACCCUCACCCCAGCAGUGAUGGCGCAGGUGGUGUCCCGGGAACCUGACACCCGAGAUGAAUAAAUGAUGCGGACUCAACCGCCCGCGUCCAGAACUCUCCACCGCCACCAUAACUGCCGUCACCGCCGGCCGGUGGCCAGGGGCAUCAGCCCCUCGGCUCCCAGGAUCUGCACGGGAGCGCGCGGCGAGGCGGGAAGAACAUGGCCGGGAGGCAGCGAGGCGCGGGGCGGCUCUGGGCGCUGGGCGGAGCCGCGCUGGGGGCUUGCCUGGCAGGGGUCGCCACGCAGCUGGUGGAGCCCAGCACGGCCCCGCCCAAGCCCAAGCCGCCCCCACUGACCAAGGAGACCGUGGUGUUCUGGGACAUGCGCCUGUGGCACGUGGUGGGCAUCUUUUCGCUCUUCGUGCUGUCCAUCAUCAUCACUCUGUGCUGUGUCUUCAACUGCCGGGUACCACGGACACGAAAGGAGAUCGAGGCUCGCUAUCUACAGCGGAAGGCAGCCAAGAUGUACACAGACAAGCUGGAGACCGUGCCUCCCCUUAAUGAACUCACAGAAAUCCCUGGAGAGGACAAGAAGAAGAAGAAAAAGGACAGUGUGGACACGGUGGCUAUCAAGGUAGAGGAGGAUGAGAAGAACGAGGCGAAGAAGAAGAAAGGUGAGAAGUGAGUCAUGUCCUGGAGGUGGCAGCUGGGGCUGGCAGGCCCUGAAGCACAAGUUCGGGCCAGGAGCCAGGCAUCAGGACUCCGUGUUCAUACAUGGACCGUAGAGGCUGUGGUCCGAGGAGAGGCCAUGGCCAUUAUCUCACGGCUCAAAAGACGCAGGACAAGACUUCACAGGUGUCCAUCGGAGACUCUGUUCCUUUCACACCAUUAGUCUGGGCACUUCUCUUGACAGUACAGAGUGGCCUCAAACUCCACUCCCCACCCGGAGAGGCUUCUGACCCACCCUUUCAGCCAGGGGCAGAGGAAUGGCAGUGCAGAAUGGCAGGAUUGUGUGAGAACUCAAACGCAUGGAGGGAGGGCUGAAGGGGGGCUUGUGACAUGGACUCUCUGACAUAGCAACCCCGAUAGCAAGGACUUUUCCCUGAGCUUGGCAGGAAUCUGUCCUUGGCUGCCAAAGUGGCCCCAUUAUCAGGAGAGUCCCUGACCUGGCAAAUGCUAAGCUCUAGGAACAAGGUGACAGUAUGAUGGAGCUGAGGCCACUGGGGGGCUGGCACGAGGCCCAGAGCCUAGGGCCCUGGCUGAGGGGUGGGGUCUGAAAGAUGCAGCGGGCUGAGGUCAGUGGGCUGAGUGAGAAAGCCUAGGUCUCCUCAUGGGAAUCAAGAGAUUUAAGAAGCAGGGUAGGGGCGUGGACUAUUACAGUUGCCUUUUCUAUGGCCAGGACUCUAGCAGGUCAUAGCAGGAGACACAGGUGGCCAUCUGCCUGCUGAGUACAGCGGUAUGACAUACCUCUUCUGCCACAACCCUACAAAAAGAAGCGUCUCCGCCAAGAAGACAAUUCAAAUGCCAUUGAGGCGCUGAUUCUACAGGGCUCUUCCAGCAUCCAAAAUGAGGAGCUGGGGACUGAGCUGGGAACUGAGAUCCUGGGAAGACCUUGCAGGUGGCAAGCCUGCUAGAAAGGCAUCCUGAAAAGAUUUGUAAAUAGAGCUGGGUGCCUUCUCAGCCCCAGACAUAUAAAACUUCAUCCUGAGAUGAACUCCAACCCUGUAAAUAUGUUUUGCCAGGCCGCGGAGAAUUCCUGUAGAAGGUAACACAAUAGUCUAUCUAUAAUAAUAGGUUCCUCAGAUGAGCCUCAAGUUCUCUCCCUGACCCCUGUCCCAGAGGAAAACAAACAAACAAACAAACAAACAAAAAAGGCCCAGAGGCUGAGGAACAGUUGUAGGCCUCAUCCCCAAGUGGACAGGGAGGGAAAUUGCCAGGGCUAGCCUGAGCUCUCCUCCACUCUACCCCACGCUCCCAACAGGCCUCUGAUGGUUUGAACCUGGUGCCAGGAUACACAAGAACCAUUCCUCACUCCUGACAUGGUCCCAGGUCAUCAUCCUACAAGAAGCAUGCUAGCAUGACAUGAGGAAAGAGUACUGAGGGGGCGGAGGGAUCACAGAAGGCCCCGUCACGGAAGGCAGAUGCGGUUGGCUGACCUCUACCUUCAGAGCCCAGUCUAUGGGGUCCUCAUUCAUAGAGCUGAUUGGGGUACUUCUCCCCAGACAGACCAGAACUCCUCUGUGUGGCAAGGCAGCAGCAGUCCAGAGGGCGUGAGGCCACUCAAGGUCAGAGCAGCAGCUGGCGCUGCCUGUGGGAAGUGUGUCUGUUCUAUCCGUCCUUUGUGUACCUGCACCUCCAGGCCCGAGGCAGGACCAGAGGGCUGUAGUAUACUCUAUGGAGCUUUGGGGACAAUAGUCUGGAGAGUUCCAGCCACUGGCGAAAGGCAGCCAAGACCAGGGAGAGUCCAGUUCCCACUCAAGGAUCACAGAAGGAACAUGUCAUUUCCAUCUAAGGGUCUGGGAGGGGGGUCCCAGUGUCCCUAGCUUCAGCCUGGACAGUACAUCCUAAUUUCCCAGUGCCCCUGCACACGCACACACCCCUCUGCUUUCCGCAGGAGUCACCCCAGAGCCCCUCACCCACCCCAUCGGGUAUUCCUGCUUCCCACCAGAGCAGGCUCAGAAAGGAGGAGACCUGGGAAAAA